UAUUCCUCCUUUUCCAGGGGCCAAUCACGUGACCCCUAUAACAACAAGAGACGCGAGCUUCGCGUAGCCCCACUUCACCGAAAGGACAACUCUGGAGCCACACAUAUGAGCGCUUGUGAGUGGAGCAGAGGGACCGCUCUCAGACAUUUCAAUCAAUUAAAGUGUGGACAUAAGGGACGGAGAUGGAGCAGCAAAGACCGCGAGAACUUGCGCGCCGCCACUAGUAGCGCGCACGGUCUCUACUCGCUCGGUUGCGUCCCCGGUGUUGCUGCUGUUGGCCAACUUUUGUGUUUCUCUUCUGGCCGCUCGAUCGGGAAGAGUGCGCGUGCAAAGCGCAUCCUCAUCGUCAUCUUCCUCAUAGGACGGCAGCCUUGCAUGUGGAAGCACAGUGAGCAGCAGCCAGUUGACGGUCCCAUUCUUAAAAAGUGCCCGAUGUCCGCGCACAGGAUGAUGUUCAUCGGACUCCUGCUUCAGGUCUUCUCCCACGGUAGCACGCCGGUGUCGGCGUCCUUAGACUGUCUGCUGGCCGAGCAGGGCUGCAUCCAGGAGCAGUCCUGCAAUGUUCUCUACCGCGUUUUGGAAUACUGCUCGGCUGAGGAGGCGGUGUCGCCGCUCGGCCCGGACGCCCGCACCGAAUGCCUGGAGGCUCAAAACUCCUUGCAGCGCUAUCGCCCCCUUCAAGUGUGCAAAUGUCAGCGUGGAUCUCGAAGGGAGGAACACUGCCUCAGGAUCUACUGGACUGUGAGGUUUGGAGCAUACGAUGAGUAUGAAGUGUCCCCUUAUGAAGAACUGGAGUUCAGCCUGGUGAGAAACAUUGAAAUGUCACACAUGGCCUCCAUCAUGGCAGUUUCCUCUGUGCCUGUAGAUGGUCACAAUCAGUGUCUCAAGGCAGCCCAGGAUUGCGGCCUGUUUGAGAAAUGCGGCUCACUGCGCUCCGAGUACGUAGUGGCGUGCACCAAGCGAGCGGCGGCCUCUGACAACAGUUGCAACCGUCAGAAAUGUCACCGAGCCCUACGGCGCUUCCUGGAGCGCGUCCCGGAGGAGUACAGCUUCGCCCUGCUCUUCUGCCCUUGCUCCGAUACCCUGUGCGGGGAACGCCGCAGGAAAACCAUCGUUCCAUCUUGUUCCUACGAGGAGAGCACCAAGGGGGAAGAUCGAGGGGGGAAGCCCAAUUGCCUCAGUCUGCAGAACUACUGCUCCAGGGACGAGUUGUGUAGAUCCCGCUUUGCUGAUUUCCAACACAACUGUCAGCCAGCUCCUCUGUCUGCUUCUGGCUGCAUGCGAGAAAGCAGAGCUAUGUGCCUCAAGGCCUACGCCGGACUCAUAGGCACCAUUAUGACUCCCAACUAUGUGAGCAACAGCAGUACAGAAGUGUCCCAGUGGUGUACGUGUGACGGCAGCGGCAACGAAUGGCAGGGCUGUCAGCGCAUUCUGCACAUGUUCAAAAACAACAUUUGUCUGCGUGCUGCUAUCAGCUCCAUGGGAAUUUCCGUGGCACCCCCCACUGAGACCAGUCCUGUUCCAGCUCCCGAGCCCUCCCCAAGAGUCCGCGACGAGAAGGUUCACGCCGGCAACUCUCUGCCGGAAUUUACCACCAUUGAGACCAGUGAGGAAGUGGUGCAAGAGGAGGUUAAGAGUGAGGAAUUUAACAUCAUCCCGCCAUAUUCUGAGAAAGACUCCAACACUGAGUCAAGGGCCACAGAGAGGCAGCGAGGAGCUGCCAAUUCAGUGGUGCCCGUCCUUCCACUCUUGUUGCUGUCUCUACUCAUCCUGGACUGGGACUGUGGGACCAUCUAAAAAGUGCAUCUUCUUCUCAUUUCUCUGUCAUUUCCAAAUUCAAAACCCAUGCCAAUGCCCCGAGAGAAGUUGCCAGAAUGAACUGCAAAAGCUUUCAUAGAAAAAGAGAAAACUCUUGUUCCUUUUAAGAGUUAAAAGAUAUCAGUAGUGCAGCAGGAUCUGUGUCUUAGCUCCAGAGCAGAUAGUGCAUGGCUGAACUAAGAAGUGCUGCUUGGGCAAACAGUCCAUCCAGAGCCUGCUUCGCACUCAAAAGUACAUCCCCUCUUUUAACAAGAAGCACAUUGCCAAAGGCCACACUCAAUGUACGUGCUCUCCAAGACAAAAUCGCAGAAGCAGCCUGCUCUACCGCAUCCAGGGCAGCCGCAUUUCUUAUCCACUUCCCCUGUCGGCUCUUCCUCUUCACACGAUGCUCUCAUUAAGUUCGAUCACUUUAUCAGUCAAUCGGAACUCUGCUUAAAAACCUAAACUUGGCACUGACUUGACUGAAAACAAAUCACCGGUAACUCAACCGGUACUAAAAAGUAACCUCGCUUUUGCACUGCCAUUUGAUUAAAUGUAAAUAUUGCGGUGUUGUUGUUUUUUCAUCAUAUGCUGCAGCGCUGAUUUGGCUUUUUUCAACAUUCACAUUUUUGAACACAUUCAUUCCAGCAGGCUGCUUUCCAUUUCUCCUUAGAGAAUAUUACAAAUAUUCUGUCCUAGGCGUCAUUUUCACCAUCUUAAAAGAUUGAAAUUCUGCAUACACACAUGCUUUAGUAAAAUUAUCUUUAGUAAAAUUAUAUAUUAUCACGUGAAACAAAAAUAGCUGCUUUUCCGGACGAAAAAGUGCAGCGUUUAUUAAGACGCACUGGGUUAUAAGGUGCGUUACUGCACAUUGAGUGAAGCAAACCAGUCGAACAAAUGAGUCAAACUUUAUAUUCAACAUCCAUUCAUAAGGCGCACCUGAUUAUAAAACGAGUUAUUGAGGAUUUCGAAGUACACCUUAUCGUCCGAAAAAUACGGUGCUCUACACAACACUGUGGAAGUGCAACAUCUUCUGUAUGCGUGAGCAAGUGUGGCUUAUUUUGAAAGGCGAGGUAUACCUUAGGCCAGGGGUGUCAAACUCAUUUUUGUCGCGGGCCGCAUUGUAGUCACAGUUUCCCUCAAAGGGAGAUUAUGACCGUCAACGCCUUAUAUUAUUUACAGUAUAAGCUACACAGCAAACUUAUAAAUAACUAGUUUUGAAAUCAGAGACUAGUCAAAACUGUUCAAAUUGUAUAAAAAGAUGAAUGGUAAUAAAAAUUGCUAGCAAUAUUUCAAUUUUUAAAAAGUGAAGACAAUUUAUAAUUUUAGUAAUGACACAAAGUCCAUGCAAAAUUUGUCUUCGCGGGCCACAAAAAAUGAAAUGGCGGGCCGUAUCUGCCCUCCCCGGGCCUGAGUUUGACACCUAUGCCCUAGGCUGAUCACCGGCGAAUCGCAGGGCACAUAAGGAUAAAAAAAAAGAAUCACAUUACCAUGCCACAUUCCACACUGUUUUAGUUCUAAGGGUCCACUAUAUAGUUAGUCUUUGGUUUCGUACCAUUGACAGUUGACUUUUGCGUCUUUACAACAUCAUGUACCUUUUAUUGCGCUAGAAAAGUUACCCCGGAGUCCGAUAAUUAGCCCUACGGGGUACAUUAGAGUAGAUGAAGGGUCAUAAAUGGACUCUUAUUCCUCGGUGAGCUGUGUUGAAAACAACAAUGCAUUAAGCGCGGCCCGUAAGCGGAGGAAAAAGAAAUGGAGGUGACAAAAGCGAGGAGAGCCCAGUCAAGUCGGAACCAUGCGCAAGAGAUAUUGCGUCUGUCCAACCUUUGGCUACUCUCGCAGCGAGCCCCUCCAGUCACUUAAAAUUAUUCCGAGCAGGAUGAGUAAUGAGAGGAGGCAACGGCAAUGAGAUAAACGUCCACGUAACGGCAGAAAUGAGGAGGGGAAGAAAACGAUUUAAAGCAAUUAUGGGACAAUUCAAGAACAGUCAAAAUGGAAGGGGAAUGUGGAGGACGGCUUAGAGCAAGGCGGGCAAUUUACAGCUGUCAUAGCCUCUCACCUUUUUUUUUUUAUCCUGAGGAGAUGUGUUUUUAGUGGCACUUUGCUGUCAUGUCAGGCAGAUGUUUGAGAUGAAGAUAUGGAGAUGGGCACGGACACCGGAGGCCGAAAAAGGCUGCUGGCUGCUCCGCUCAUUGAGCAGCACAUUGAGCCAUUCUCUCUGCCUGGAAUAACUUUUGCUGAUAUUAAUGAUUUUUUUCCUAUGGCUCAUUUUCUUGGGAAAUUACACUGUUGCAGGGUUAUAGGUAAGGACAAGCAUAUGGGAUUUUUUUCUUUUUAAAUCAUUAUUUUGAGUAAAGUUAACAAUGAGUUUUCACAAAUAAGAGCUAUAAUUGGCUUUGGAAGGAAGGCAUGCGCACACUAUUACCAAGCAUUAAGUGUUAUUAUUACCAUCCUAAUGACGGGUUUUGCAGAGCACUUAAACAGGCUGGACCUUUUCCAAAGAUGUAUCAUAAAAAUAGGUACAUAAAAAAAAAAAAAAGAGUUUGCUUGUUGUAAACGUCAGCGGAGCAGCACUGCUAUACAUUCUCAUUUAAUGUAAAUAUGAUUGUAUGUAAUCACUUGAGGAGGCAGCAUGGUCCAACACUUAUUUCCCUUGUUUCCUCUGGGAGAGUUAAUGAUGGGUUACAGAAGCCAUUCUUCAGUUUGACCAUCGAGGGUAAAAGCUAACAGGCAAAAAAUAUAUAAUAUAUUAUAUAUAUAUAUAUAUAUAUAUAUAUUAUAUUAUAUAAUAGUGGCAUUGAAAAUUAGACUAAAAUAUAUAACCUGCCCAGACACUCUAAGAAUUAAAAGAUAUGCUUAAAAAAACAUUUAUUGUUUAAGUGUCGCAAUUCAGCUGCUAAUUUGCCGUUCCGUGGCGCUGGCCUUAAUGACUGAACAUGCGUGUUUAUGUCCUCACAUUUCACCGUGUGUAUUUGUAAACUAUGUAAAAAAAGAAAAAAAUCAUUUUACCCUAAAGUAGCUUGCAUUUUUUGAUGUAAUCAUGAUUUUAAUCGCAUAGUCAUAGCCACAAAUCCUUUUAAAUUGUAUUGUCGAGAUCCGCCUGCAAAAUGAUGUUCAGAAAUAUGUGUUCAAAAACAACAUAUCGAUUAUGCCCCCCCCCCCAAAAAAAUGACUAUGAUAUGUAAAAGAAAACAAAACAAGUGUAUUAUUUUGUGACAUAAAAGAACUGUGUGCCACUUUAUUAAAAGACGAAUAAAAGCCACAUUGGCAGCUUCUGUAUCCAAUAGAACAGUAUUGGAUGGAAAUGAAAUGACUGCUGUGUAUUUGCCAAAGUUUUUAUUUUAUUUUAUUUUUUAUAUAUUUCUUUGCAACUAAACAUUCAUUAUUAAACACAGGAAAUUUAUUUUCAAAAUACCUUUUUAAUUUGUAUGUUAAAAAUGUUCCUCUGACAUUCUCAAUUAUGGCUUUUUGUUGGCUGUAAACUACAGUCAUUCAAACUACAAAAAUAAAAUCAUAAAAAGUUAAUUGUAAUAAAUGACUGACUUUUUUUUGUGUUUAACUGAGCUAAUGAAAUAAAUUGUGUUUUACAAGAUACUUUGAUCACAGACAUGCAUCUUUAUAGAGUGUACUGUCCAUAUAAUCUAUGUGACAACGUUGAUCAAAAGAUUUGCUUGUAAUCUGCUUUCCUAGUCAUGUCAUAUGCUCGUGUGGCCACUUGUUGCUAGGCAAAAUUUGUGCCCUGCAGCCCGAUGGAAAAACACACACAGAUACGCACGCACACAUUCUAAUUUCAUUGCCAGCUUGGGACCGAGAACAAAGAAAGCACAGCGAGAAUCAGCAGGAACAGGAAGUCAGACACAUACUAAGGGAAGCAUGUCAAAGGAAUAUUAUGUGGAGUAUAUUAUGGGUUUCUUUAAAGUGAAUGUAUAUUAUUUAGACUGUCUGAAUUCAAUGUCUGUCUUAUGGAUCUGGUAUAUGUCUACUUCUUGUUUGUAUUAAGUUCCUCCAGUCAUUUUGCUUCAUAAUUACCAUAGUGACACAAUCAAUAAAAAAGUCUAUACACCCCUG